AUGUCCACGAGCAAGGAAAGCACAGUGGAGUUCUUGACUCAAGCUUGCUGUGGUACCAUCAUGGCUCUUUUUCGUAUGGGAAUUGUAGAUCCUGAUUCAUACAAAGAUCAACUCGUUGUGUUGAUGUCUCGCUACCUUAACAACUGCUGGAAUGCGCUUCUUCGAGGUGAUGAUCCUGUUGUAAUUAGUACAUACGCCGCCAUUAACCAUGACCGUCCUAACUGCGUGUUCAAAAAAUUUUUUGAUUUGGGAACGCAUGCAUUUCCGGAGCGGUGCCCUGAAGAGCUCCUGAAAUAUUCACCUGAUGACCCACAACAUCUUGAGGACGCACGAAUAGAAGUUUCAGAGCUGUUGAAAGCUUUUUUUUCAGAAAAUAUACCUGAUGAUUUUUGGAAUCAUGAAUGUGACGGCUUGUCACUGGAGGAGGAGCGGAGCAUUUGGGCACAAAACGGCUGCGCUACAGAAGAAUUUUUUGUUCUUUCUGGGACACGUUCUUUAUUGAGCUAG